ACAUGAUACAAGUCAUGUUUAUUGUAGCUUGGCUAGCUGCUUCCUUUUCAGUUGCAACACCAAACCAUCAUAUACCUCUAGUAGCAGCUCAUUCUUUAGAAGCUUCCCAUUCUUUAGAAGCUGCUCAUUCUUUGAAAGCAGCUCAUUCUUCAGUAGUAGCUCAUACACAUCAAGACAAUUUACCAGAGUUGAACUCAAAACAAGUUUACAGCGGAAUGAUGCAAAUGGAAUCCAAAGAAAGUAUGGUGCAGGAAAAGGCUAUUAGAAGACCACUUAAUAUAGCACAUAGAGGUUUCUCUGGUAGAUAUCCUGCUCAUUCUAUGCAGGGAUACAUUCAAGGGGCUAGAGCUGGAGCUGAUUAUAUUGAGUGUGAUAUACAAUUCACAAGAGAUAAAGUUCCUGUUUGUUUACAUAACUACUGGCUGAGUGGAGUGACCGAUGUUGCAGAAAAUCCAGAUUUAGCUGCUCACAAGCGUCCUCUUCUAAACAUGUCUGGUGAGGGAAUUCAUGAGGAUUGGGCAAUCUGGGAUCUUACUCUAGCAGAGGCUAAAACAUUAAGAUUGAGGCAGGAAUAUGAGGGGAGGUCAAAGGAAUUCGAUGGGAUGUUUACUAUUCCAACUUUUGAUGAAUUUGUGCAAGCAGCUCGAGAGUAUGGUAUAGGUAUAUACCCGGAGCUUAAGCACCCAAGCCUAUACAACAAGGCCUGGAAAAUCUACAACUCAACAAAGGAUAGUAUUUUUAUAUACCGAAAUUAAAUCCUAUUAUCGAAU